UGUUGUGCGCGGCAUUGGUGCCACACGUGCGGUGGGCCGGAGGAGGCCAAGUACGGUCGCGGCAUGCAGAUGUGCGUGCGCUGCUGCACGGCGCACCACCACUCGUGCCUGCACCGCACAAGCGGCGCGGGCGAGGUGGAGCUGCAGAUGACGCACUGCUCGAUGCUCUGCCGCCGAUGCGCGCACAACACGCCCAAGGGCCUCAACGCGCCGGACCCUUGGUUGCCGCCGGCCGCGCAGGCGCUGGUGGCCGCGCAGGCGGCUGCUGCAGACAGCGAGGUCGCCGCCCCGCUGCUCACUCUCGCACCGAACGACGUGCGAGACACGUUGCACGCCCUCGCCGGCCUGCGCACGGCCAAGCUGCCGCGGCGCGGGCUCGGGCUGCCCGCCGGGGCGGAGGAGCGGCCCUUCGAGCUGCCCGCCGACGUGCUCCACGAGCUGCGCUCGCACCAGAUCACGCCGCGGGGCGGGUUCGGCCCGCCGGCGUACAAGGAGAUCCGCCGCUCGGUGUACGCGCACGGUCGGCCGCGCGAGAUGCUGCCGGCCACCGACGUGGGUCCCUGCCUCUGCUCGCUGGCGACUGGCGGCUGCGACCACCGCUGCCAGAACCGCGCCUCGCAGCAGGAGUGCGACGCGGCGACGUGCCCGUGCGGCAAGCUGUGCGCGAACCGCGAGCUGUCGACGCAGGAGGCGCCGCCGGUGGCGCUCUUCCUGACCGAGACCAAGGGGUGGGGCGUCAAGGCGACGCGCAGCAUCUCGCAGGGCGAGCUCGUCAUCGAGUACGUUGGGGAGGUGAUUGACGAGGGCACGUGGGAGGAGCGCAAGCGCUCGCUCUCGCGCUAUCAGCACAUGUACUUCAUGGCGCUCAACCCGUACGAGAUCGUCGACGCGUCGCGCAAGGGCAACGUGGCGCGCUUCAUCAACCACAGCUGCUCGCCCAACCUGCAGGUGGAGAAGUGGUACGUGCAGCGCGUGCCGCGCCUCGGCCUCUUCGCGCGCAUGGAGAUCGCCGAGGGGGAGGAGCUCUCGUACAACUAUUCGGUCAAAUGGUCGGGCGACCCGAAGGUGGCCCAACGUUGCCAUUGCGGCGCGCCAAACUGCACCGGCUUCCUCGGCAGACCCCCUCGCAACUAGGGGGCGCGGCUGAGAGCGCGUGCGCGCCGCCGCGCCACGGAAGGCGAGCUGAGGCACGGGCGGCACGCUCUAGCGUCUACGCUCUCGCACCGUACUCGAGGCCUCCCGCCUGGCGCUUGUGCGCCUCCGCGCGCGCGCGCGCGGUCGCGCAUGGUCCCGCACCCCCCGGUGGGCCCGGCUCCGGCGGCGCAGGGGCCGCACCGCGCACCCACGCCGGACGCCGCGCUCGCGGCGCGGACCGCCGGGGCGCGUGACGAGUGACGUCGUGAGUCGUGGUACGGCGCGGGGUUGUCACGUACGGGGCUUUAUACGUUCGUCACCUCACACGUCAGACAU